GCUCCUCAUUAAAGAGAGACAUCGGUAAAAGAAGGCAGCCAGUCGAGGAAACGUUCCCGGUUUCAUUUUUAACUCUUCCAGCAUUCUAACGAACGCAUCCUUCAGUAGCGGCACUGUCAACGAAAGCGUUGGACAUCUUCACGUGGGUAAGAAUAGUGGCCAAAUUUCUUUCAUCGUGACCCCGAACCAGGAGCGUGAUGGCUUCCGACGACAAGAAGCACCGUUCCAUGGUAAUUGAUGGCAUUCCAUACACCAGGUUCGUGAAUGAAGAACUUUUCUUCAAGGCGAAAGAACUUAAGCUGCAGGAAGGCGACGUGGUGCAGGUGGCGUUUCCGAAAUGCGGGACACAUUGGGUGCAGCAAAUCAUACAGCUGAUUCUUCACAAGGGAGAGGGACCACGUGACUUCGAGGAGUUCGUCAAGCGGUCUCCCUUCAUCGAGUUCCAAGGCGAAGAAGCCAUCGAGGGAAUGGAGGCACCACGAACGAUGCGCACUCACUUGCCAUUUCGUCGUCUACCGUUCGAUCGGAAGGCAAGGUACGUCUACGUUGCACGAAACCCUUGGGACACUGCCAUUUCGUACUAUCACUUCAUGGCCACGAUACCCGACUGGGAGCUGCGAAAUGCGAGUUUCGACGAAGUGCUAGACGCCUUUAUAGACGGACAGUCCGGUUUCGGCGACUACUUCAAGCAUGUCGCAGAAGGCUACGCUCACAGGGACGAACCUAACGUUUUCUUUAUGACUUACGAGCAGCUAGCGCGCGACAAACGCGGGACGAUCAUCAAGUUGGCCCGCUUCCUCGGCGAAGAGCACGGAAGUCAACUGGAAGACAACGACGACUUGCUUCAAACUAUCGAGGAUCGUAGCAGCGUGACAUAUAUGAAAGGGUUUCUCAAGGCAACUCACGAGGAACUGGCCCGCCUAUUUGUCAAGGAUCCCGAAAUCCUAGCCAUGAUGGCAAAACUAAAGACGGAAGAAUCUAGCACAUUGUUAAAGGAGGAAGUCAACUUUGUCCGCGUUGGGAGGGCCGGUGGGUGGCGCGAGACCUUGACAAAGCAGCAGCUGGCAAGAAUUGAGGACAAGAUACAGGAGGCUUCGAAGGACUCAGACUUCAUGAGCCUGUGGGCGAAGGAGUGGCAGGACGCCAGGAAUAUAGCCAGCGCUUGAUACAAAAUUUUUCAUGACACACAAAGGGACCUCUGAGAACUGAGCUCGUAGAGAUGUAAGAACUGAAUGGCUAUUAAAACUUACUACAACGGC